GAGCAUGCCUAAGGCAGUGAAAGGAAGCAGGCCAGCUCAGACACAGAGGAGAGUGGCAUGAGAGUGGGACAGUGUGUGUGCGUGUGUGUGAACGGGAGAGGACCAGACAGCGUUCAGUUGACAAGGAUAUAGGACUUCACCUGGAAGAUUUUCUCUCUAGUUUUCUCCCGGCUUCCAUUACACCUCUCCCCCCCUCCCCUUUCCCCUUUCCCCUUUCCCCUCCUCAUCCUCUGGCAGUUAUCCCCCCAUCACAGCUCCUGCUUCAGGCGACUCCUCCGGGCAUGCUCCUUAAGCCAAAGUAUGGCCGCUUUCGCAACGAGUCUGUGACCUCCUCUGACGACCUGAUGCAGAGCUUAGCCAUGAGCGGCAAAGUUGUGGCCACACCGGUGGUCUCCUCCUCCACCCCGAGCCUUCCUCUGCCUCCCCUGCCUCCUCUGGAUCCCAGUGCCAGAUCAUCCUCCUCUGCUGGGGCUGCAGCCCUGGCCGACUCCCCUUGCCUGGAUGGGGAUCAAGAUGCCACCACUACCUUCUGCAUGCUCAUCCCUAAGAUGCCCCAGUGGAAGUUCUCUAACUCCCUACUCAGCCGGAGCCCGUCCAACUCCAGCUCCAGCUCUAGCUCUAGCAAGGACUCGGGCAAAACAGCAGCAGCCUCUUCCCAGGCCUCUGUCUCCCAUUCUUCAUCAUCACACCGGUCCAGUGGUGCGACCUCAGCCAGUGGCCCAGUGGCCAGUCUCGCAGCAGUGCUUAACUCCUGUGACCCUGUUUGUGUCACCCCCUGUUCCUUGCAGGCCAUUCGAGGGCAGAGAGCAGUUGCAGCUGCAAACUCUGCCAGUCCAGGGGGCCACGGGUUUGGGGCCACAGAGGCAAUGGCGAGCCCUGGGGUUUCCAGCAGCUCCAGGUCAGGACUGAACCGCAGGACAAGGGUGGAAGGCAUGUGGCCAGGGGGAGAGGACUUCAUCCAGAAAGGUAGCUUCAUCCACAAACCCUCUCAAGGCUGGCUGCACCCUGACAAGAAGAUUGCAGGACCAGGGGCCUCUUACAUUGUCAGGUACAUGGGCUGCAUUGAAGUACUGAAGUCAAUGCGCUCCCUGGACUUCAACACGCGGACUCAGGUGACAAGGGAAGCCAUCAACAGGCUGUGUGAAGCAGUGCCAGGCGGAAAGGGAGCUUGGAGGAAGAAGGUCUGUCAGGACAGAAGAGCCGAUGUGGGGGGACGAUGAGGACUUCUCUGAGCAUGAUUACUACAACAGCAUCCCGGGGAAGGAGCCUCCUGUUGGGGGAGUGGUGGACUCCAGGCUCAGGCCCAGUGGAGCCCUGCUGGGCCACAUUCACACCCAACCACAGAGCAAGACAGCAGCACAGAUGGGCUCUCCAGCAAGGAGGGAGCAAGCAUCUUAUCCCCCUGGUCAGCUGUGCUAUGAACUUCACUGGGACACCGAGACGACCAGCAGCUCAGGUCUGACAUCAGAUGGCUACCUGUGUGCUGAUGGACAGCCACCAGGCAGCAGAGAUUAUGAGGAGCAUCAGUACGUUAACACCCAGACUCUGGAAAACCUGGAUUCACGGGGGCCCGAAGGACACAGAGGGGCCAGGGUACCCGACAGUCCCAAAAAGGACCUCUUUGACAUGAGGCCCUUCGAGGAUGCCCUGAAGCUCCACGAGGCCUGUGGUGGAGCUGUUGUUUCCAGUAUGUCUGCUGCAGCUGGAGGUGUCCGGGUUCUGGAGGACCAGUGGCCCAGCCCUCCACGCCGUCGAGCCCCAGUGGCCCCAAAUGAGGAACAGCUCCGCAGGGAGACGUGGUACCACAGCCGCAUGAGCAGACGGGACGCAGAGAGACUGCUGGUCCGAGAUGGAGAUUUCCUGGUCCGGGAGAGCACUACCAACCCAGGACAGUAUGUGCUAACUGGCAUGCACUGUGGCCUGCCCAAACACCUACUGCUGGUGGACCCAGAGGGGGUGGUCCGAACCAAAGACAUGUUAUUUGAGAGUAUUAGCCACCUUAUCUCAUACCACCUAAAGAAUGAGCUGCCUAUUGUGGCAGCAGAGAGUGAGCUCCACCUCAAACAGGUGGUCAGGAGGAAACAGUGAGCCACUUGACCCUGCAUGGGACGCUGAAUUCCUGCACUCCCAUGGAAAAACCACAGAAAAAAAACCAAUAUGGAGUCCUCUAUCCCAGAUGGAUAUUUAUCUGGAAUAAAAGAUCUCACUAAUACUUUUUUCCAUAAACAAUUUUACUAAGGAGAGUGAGGCAUCUGACAUCCCUGUACUUUCUCUGCCUCCUGCCUACCAGGAUCAACUAAACUAUCUCUCAUCUGUCACAAACUCCUCACCAUGCAGAUAUUAUAAGCUAACAAACCAACCAGAAUCCACAGUUUGACUCAUUUCAGAGCAUUGUCAACUGAUGUCAAUAAUUAAAGCAACGACUGUUUGAAGAGGACCCAACUUCAGGAAAUCAAAUAAGGAUUUGAUGCACAGAGACGUAAUGUCCGACAAUGCCUGUAAUAGUGAAGUGCUUCCAGUAGACCACAGCUUCCUGACCUGUCUGUCUACAGGCCGUCCACCGAACAAUAAUGGACAUCGCCAGAACAAAACUGUCUUAUAAUCUGGUACAGAUACUGUAUUAAAAAAUCAAAAGAUGUUAGGUUAUUCAGUAGCUCAUUUCUGUUUAAAUGCAAGAAAUGAAAAUACUGUGACUAUAAAAGACAAGUGAAGAAAUGUCUGUUUCAUGGGAAUGUAAAGACUGUUUUGUUUGUUGCUACAUGUUGACAGGUCUGCAGUACCUGACUCUGAUUUGGCACAAUGGAAACACACUGGACAUGAUUCAGUGCUGGAUUUAUAAAACAGCCACACAUUCUUCUGCCUUUUUUUUGUUUUGUUUCUCCAUGAUAAUCAAGGUUUUAAAAAAAUCAUGCAUUCAUACUAUCUUCAUAUAGACAGCCAAGCGGACAUACGUUACAUUGUCUUGAAAAUGGGAAGUUUGAUCACAUUUACCAUUAAUAUCAGUCAUUUGUCUUGUGUUUCUAAGGGCUGUUCAUAAUUUGUUAAAGACAUACUGUAUGUGUUGUAUAAGCCUGUGAACAUUAUUGGUCAGACUGUACUCAAAUCAAUUCUAUGUCCUCGGUUAAAACUACUCUGCAUACAAACUCAGUAUAUCCACGCCUGUUUUUCCACAACUUCAGUGCCUUAAUAACUACAGAGACAGGCAUUUGUGUCAGAGUGUAUAUAAUGUGUAUUUAUGCUCUCAACGCAAAACACUAGUUUUCUUGCCAUGCCAACAAAUGACUGAACAAACUUCAGGAUGAUUAAGCUCUUAUUCCUGUGAACAGUCACGUAAGCUGCUCUUGUUAUACUUGUAAUACUGUCUUAUUGUGUCAUGGCUGUCAUUGUUUUUAUGUGCGUCCCUCACAACAAUCUCCUAAGUGAAUCUUUUUGUUCUUAGAGGCAAGCCAUAGAUAGCACUAGUCUACAGUGAUUGAUGUUAAAGACGGGGGAAUUUUGACUUGAAAUUAAAUCCUUUAUUUGUCCAAGUUCAGGAGAAUACAUCACUUUAUAGAUUGUCCUUAUCCCACGUCUGAGUCUUUACAUGUCAGUGACUUGCUCAUGUAUUUCUGCUCCUUGGCUCCAGUUUUCUACCUAAUUCUUUGAAAUCUUACUAGAGGUUAGUCAUAUGCUUUUUGCAUUUGUCUCAUUAGCAACAUAUCUUUAAUCAGGCCCUCCCCUGUCCUUAGCUGCAGCCUCAAGAAUGCACAGAGAUGCGGUGAGCUACAAGGCGUUUGGUGAGGUCCAAAUGAUUAAUGUAAUUAUUACAGAUCUCCUUUUUGCUUUCUCAGGAAUUUCUUGGAUCUUUUUUCUCUUUAAUUGACUUUAAUGCCUUUUGUCAAUAAAACUAUCUGGAAAAAGAAGUACAA